ACAACCUAGUACUGUCAGAGUCUCACUAUCAGCUUGUAUACUAUAUUAAAUAUGGAUCAUACUAUAUCAUACACACAUCAUUCUGUAUCCACACACACCCACACACAUCACACACACCCACACCACGCAUGCACACCUACACCACCACGCACACACACACACACCACGCAUACACACCCACCCAUACCACACACACACACACACACCCACACCACGCAUACACACCCACACACACACACACACUGUACAGUACCCUGGUAUAUUCCCUAUGUCAUCACUAAUAUUAGGCUGCAUGAUGAAAUGUUCCUGGGGUCAACUAAUUAUAGAAAGUGCUGAGUCAUUGUUUUGCUCGUAUAUAAACCACAUGUCAGAUGAGAGCAUUUCCAUUGAGUCUGUGAACUGUACAAUAUAAGUAUAUGUACGUUGAUGAUUGACAAGGUGAAUGGUGUUCUGUGGAUGUGAACUUACUCACAAUUAUUAUCUGUGUACAAGUCAUUGCAUCAGUGUGUACAGGAAAAAGGUGGUGACUUUACAGGCUGCAAUCCGAUUGGACGAUCAAGAUAGGGUCAAUAUUUACAUACCCUAGUUCUCAGCCCACGCAAACACUGAGGAAACCACUUUGCAGAGCUUCAAAAUCAUCCAAUCCGUUUAACCGUAUCUUCAAAACAGCACUCCAUCAACAAAAAGUCACCCCAGUCUCAGACAUGACAAAAUAUGACAGAGAUCCAGUUUUCAAGUCCAACUCAAUCCAAGAUGACUACGAAAUAAAAUGGCAUAAGAAUCUCGGCACUGGUAUUAGUGGUCCUGUCCGUUUGUGUAUCAACAAAUCCAAUGGCGAGGAAUAUGCUCUCAAGAUUCUCCUGGACAGACCCAAAGCUCGUAAAGAGGUCACCCUUCACUGGUUAUGUAGUGGGAGCGAGCAUAUGGUCCGUGUUGUAGAUGUGUACGCAAACGACGUUCUUUUGCCGGGCGAGGGAGUUGCAAAGAAACGGAUUUUGCUCGUUAUGGAGCUGAUGAAAGGCGGUGAACUAUUCUCCUAUAUCACACAAAAACAGCAUUUCACUGAGAAAGAAGCUAGUCAGAUUAUGAAGCAGAUUUGUUUGGCCGUUCAAUAUUGUCACAGACGAAACAUUGCUCAUCGCGAUCUAAAACCCGAGAACCUGCUCUUGCAAGACAAAGUUGAAUCUACCGACGAUUUGGUCAUAAAAUUAGCAGAUUUUGGUUUUGCUAAAGUCGACAAUGGUGAUCUCACCACACCGCAGUUCACUCCGUACUACGUAGCACCGCAAGUAUUGGAGGCUCAAAAACGACAGAAAGAAAUCCGGCAAGGUCAUAGGUCACCGUCUAGCCCGUAUUGCUAUGACAAGAGUUGUGACAUGUGGUCCGUUGGAGUCAUCCUCUACAUCAUGCUGUGUGGAUAUCCGCCAUUUUAUUCGGAGGUCCCGAAUCAGCCAAUCACAGCACGUAUGAGACGUCGUAUCAUGUCAGGUGACUUCGAAUUUCCUGACAACGAAUGGAAGGGAAUGUCAGACUCCACGAAAGACCUCGUUCGAAAGUUACUCUGUGUGGAAGCAAGUGAGCGGAUAACGGUUGAGGACGUGCUGCGGCAUAGUUGGUUGGAGUCAGUCAAUGUGCCCUCCAAGAAUCUCCCCUCUCCCAGUAUUAUGCUAGACAAGGAGCAACUCGAUCAAGUCAAAGCUUUCCACAGCGAGUUUCUUCAAGAUAUGCGUCGUGAAGAAGACGGGUUUUACCUCAAGCCAAUCGGGAAAUCAAACAACAAGCUAUUGACUAGCAGACAGAACGCUGGUUUAUCACCGGAGAGAAAAUCCAAAGGUCAAGCCGAGGAAAUGGACGUUGAAGGUCGAAGGUCAUCCGUAGAUGAAGGAGUGCAAAGUUUGCUAGAGCUCAAGGAUAUUUGUAUCAUGCCCCCGCCACUCGUUGCUGGGGCAACGGAAAGUUUUGCUGAUUCAGUACUCGUGGAAGGUGUUCGAAAAGCGUUGACGUUUAACGAAAAUCACAGUGGACUAAUAAACUUGUUACUGUCUGAGAAUUGGAACUUAUCUGAUCGAGUGUUUGUGGGUAUGGUGAACAGAGCACGACUAGCCGCAGCUCUACAAGGGUUAAUGGACACUGCCCCUAGCAUUAUGGUUACUUGAUUAUAAUUAUGCUCUCUUUUAGUUGUUAGUGUUUGUAGGAAUAGAAUUUUAGUUUUUUACAUUAUUGUAUUUUUUGUAUAAUGAUUAUUAGGAUAAUUAUGUGAUGACCUUUA